AUGUUUUGCCAUAAGCAUAUUCUAAAAAUCAGAAAACUUCACUUCUAAUAAGAAGCCUUUAAAUUUAUUUCUAAAUAUCUUACUCUCUAAAAUAUUUGCAAAUUUAUUGGUCCAAUCUCUUUCAUAUUUCAUCAAAAUAAUUACAAAUAAGUUUCCCUAAUGAGAACUAUUAAUUUUAUAAUCUAAUCGAGACUGUGCGUUUAACAACAGAGUUCAUACAUGUUCAAUAGAAAUGAUUCUCCAACUGCUUCCUUCACAGAAUAGUUAAACAAAAAACACUAUACUUUAAGCAUUGAAAUUUCAAAAAGGACCAAAUUAAAGGGCCAUGGUUUCACUAAUGACUAAGUACUUGAUUUUGAAAUCAUUUAGCUUAAUCCCAUUCAAUUCUCACCAACAAAUUUCUUUAGCAUAUAAGCAAGGUCUAUUCCGUUAAUCCCCAAAAUUACAUUUUCCUAUUUAGACCUCAAAUCUUUUGUCUUGCCUACCUUUUGUUAACCUAUAUGCUAGAUAAUCUGGAUAAAUUUUAGUUUAAAGAUUUUCAUUCAAUUUUAUCAAAAGUCCUUCUUUAAAUUUCAUCGUACUUAUAUUAUCUUCAAACCGUACCUUCUCGCUCUAAAUCGCAAUUCAUAACAAAUAAAAUUCUUCUUACCAUUUAGCAUUGAGGAUCUCCAUUUGAUACAAAGCGUGCACCAAUUCUACCUAAGGUUUCUCUCCAUUCUAUAAAUGAUUUUAUGA